UCCAGACCCAAUUCCCUUAAAAAAGGAGGAAAAAAAUAUAAGCGUAGGUCAGUCUGAGAACCUUACUAGGCUCAAUCCCUGAUACCUGUAUUUGCUAGCUCUUUAAAACUGUGAAGUCAUAAAAACAUGGAUGUGGAUGAGGAAUUGGAGGUUGCAAUAAUAGGGGGUGGGAUUUGUGGUCUUGCCACAGCCCUAGCUCUUCACAGGAAGGGAGUGAGGAGUGUGGUUUUAGAAAGAUCAGAUUCAUUGCGUGCAACUGGUGGUGGAAUUGGUAUCCUUACUAAUGGUUGGAGAGCCCUUGACCAGCUUGGUGUCGGCUCUAAACUCAGACCCACUUCCCUUCCUCUUCAAAGUGUAAGGGAUGUUACACUCGGCAGCAGCAGCAGUAAAGAAAGAAAAACACUUGUCUCGGACGGUGAAGCUCGGUGCCUAAAACGGAGUGAUCUAGUCAAAGCACUCGCUGAUGAACUUCCACAGUCAAUAGUUCGCUUCGGAUGCAACAUUGUAUCCCUGAAACUGGACACACUUUCUUCCUAUCCGAUUCUUCAUUUGCAAACUGGAUCAACAAUCAGAGCCAGGGUUUUGAUUGGUUGUGAUGGAGCCAACUCAGUAGUUGCUGACUUCCUUGAGCUAAAACCCAAAAAGGUUUUUACUUCAUGUGCAGUGAGAGCCUUCACAGAGUAUCCAAAUGGCCAUGGAUUGGCUCCUGAGUUUGUUCGAUUAAGGAAAGGCCAAAUUCUUUCUGGACGUGUCCCGGUUGACAACAAGCUGGUUUUUUGGUUUGUAUCUCACCAACAUUAUCCUAAAGAGUCAAGGGUUGUGAAGGAUCCAGAGCUGAUAAGAGAACUUGCCUUAGAGAAAAUUAACGGAUUUCCGACAGAAACUGUAGAGAUGAUAAGGAACUGUGACCUAUCCACAAUUUCACUCACCCAGCUGAGAUAUUGUGCUCCAUGGGACAUACUGCUCUCUACCUUUCGAAAGGGAACAGUCACAGUUGCUGGAGAUGCUAUGCAUGCGAUGGGUCCAUUCAUCGGACAGGGUGGCUCAGCAGCCAUUGAAGAUGCGGUUGUUCUUGCUAGAUGUUUGGCUGGAAGGUUGAAUUCAAUACAGAAGGUCGGGGAAGCGAUGGACGAGUAUGUGAAGGAGAGGAGAAUGCGAUUGUUCAAGAUGUCCACACAGACUUAUCUCUUUGGUUUAUUGCUGGAGAAUUCAUCAAUGCUUGUGAAACUGAUUGUUCUCGCAUUGUUUGUUGUCUUGUUUAGAGACCCGAUUGCGCACACUCGGUACGACUGUGGUCAACUAUGAGAGCUUAAUUAUGGUUUAUAUGUAUAGAACUCUUGAGUUCUUAUGAUUCUGGUUGAGAAAGUUCAGUUGCUUGGUUUGAUUUAG